GAGGGACAGGGCAUGAUCCUGGAUGUUCCUUGAGCAAACAACUGGUGGCAGAGGUUGUGACCAGUCUGAUCCGUGACUCUCGCUGGACAAAGAGGACCACCGACUCGGCUAAAAGCAGAGCCAAAGCAAGGAUUUUAUUUAUGUGACAUACAUGAUGACAGGGAAAAAGACAGAUUACUUGAUGAGCAGCAGGAGACGUAAAAUGUGAUUCUUCAUCCUCUCAUUAGUGCCUUUCAGAAGCUCUUUUUCCUAAUAACCGAGUCCACUUUGAAGUGCAGCUAGUCUACGAAGUCUCGGGAAAGGGGUUGGCUAAGUUCUCUGAGUAGGCAGGGAUGGAAAGUGGGGACCCGGAGCGAUAUGAAGAAGAGGUCAGAGGGAACGAAGGGAACACAGAAAAAGACAAACACCUGAAGAACCAGCUCAACACUGAGGAGAAGGGAGAGAAGGAGAGCAAUGAGAGUGAGAAGAGGAAAGAGCGGCGACGUUCAGGGCCUCUGUGUAGGAACGGAUGGGCUCUGAGUGAAAGAUUGGCCAUCAAUGUUUCAGGAAUGCGCUAUGAAACCCAGCUUCGCACCUUGGCCCAGUUUCCAAACUCCAUGCUCGGGGAUCCCAGGCGGAGAUCCCGCUACUUUGACCCGCUUCGAAACGAGCUCUUCUUGGACCGUAACCGAGCCUGCUUUGAUGCCAUCCUAUACUUCUACCAAUCAGGGGGGAGGCUCCGCAGGCCUGCAAACAUACCCCUGGACAUCUUCAUGGAUGAGCUGAUGUUUUACGAGCUGGGAGAAGAUAUUUUGAACCGCUUCAAGGAAGACGAGGGGUUUCCUAAGGAGGAAGAGAGGCCCCUGCCAACCAAUGAGGUCCAGAGAAAACUGUGGAUGUUGUUUGAGCACCCUGAGUCCUCAUCGGGGGCCCGUAUCAUUGCCAUCAUAAGUGUGAUGGUGAUAGUAUUGUCCAUUCUCAUCUUCUGCCUGGAAACGCUGCCCGACUUCAAGAAAGAGGAUUAUCACCCCCAGGUUAAGAAUUCUUCUGAGAACAUGCCUCCCACUCCAAGUGUUUUCACCGACCCCUUCUUCAUGGUGGAAACCAUGUGUAUUUGCUGGUUUUCCUUUGAGCUCAUCAUGCGCUUUUCUUGUGCUCCAAGCAAGAUCACCUUCUUCAAGGAUGUCAUGAACAUCAUUGACUUUAGCGCCAUCCUGCCAUACUUUGUCACCCUUGGAACUGAGCUCGCUAAAGACGAUGACGCAUCUCCAACCACAUCCUUGGCCAUCAUCAGAGUCAUCAGGUUGGUGAGGGUCUUCAGGAUCUUCAAACUGUCUAGGCAUUCCAAGGGGCUCCAGAUCCUUGGUCAGACACUAAAGGCCAGCAUGCGUGAGCUCGGCCUACUUAUCUUCUUCCUGUUUAUUGGAGUCAUAAUUUUCUCUAGUGCUGUCUAUUUCGCAGAAGCUGACCACCAUACAACAGAUUUUGUCAGUAUACCACACGGCUUUUGGUGGGCAGUAGUCACAAUGACCACUGUGGGGUACGGUGAUAUGUACCCAGCAACAGUGUGGGGUAAAAUGGUUGGCUCUAUGUGCGCCAUUGCCGGUGUUCUUACUAUCUCCCUGCCUGUGCCUGUCAUUGUUUCCAACUUCAGCUACUUCUACCACCGAGAGACGGAAUGUGAAGAUCGAACUGAGUACAUUCACGUUCAAACUUCCCUAUGGGAAGAUGAGGAGCCUGAAGAAGAGGAGAACGAGGAAGGGGAUAGGGAUCAAGAUCAGGAAUUUUAUGCCAGUGAAGGCAUAUGCAACCCUCUGAAUGGGACUUUACUUGGCGGACUAUGUUCUGGCCAGAUGGCAGAGUACACAGGAGGGAACAUGUAUCUGAGGGAACCGCUAGUAACACAGGUUUAGGUAGAGUGGGGCUUUGUAUCCUUAGACAAAAACAGCACCGAAGUGUUAUAUAAAAGCUAUUUAUAACAAGUGAAAGGACAGGUGGGACUUCUUUUAAACUCCAUUGAAUACCUUAAGAAGGACAGUGGGCAGUUAUAUUACCUCCGAAAAUGUUGUGUUGGUUCUAUUUUUUCCUUAACUGCAAUUUUAUCCCCUAAACCCAGCUAAAUAUAU